AAACCCAUUUUUGCGUUGUAGUAAAUGGUUGGGCGGUAUUAUUUUGUUAUUUGUGGGCCUCAUGAUGAGGCAUUAUUUGAUUUAGAUUAUAAUUCACCAGGCAAAUCAACAGGAGAAAAGGCAGAUGAAUGUCUUCAUCUAAAUCAGUUUAUUGCACAUGCUGCAUUGGAUAUGGUUGAUGAUCACCUGUGGUCGAAAGCAGACACAUAUUUAAAAGUCGUAGACAAAUUCAAUGAAUGGCUGGUUUCUGCCUUCAUAACCCCUGGAAGACUUCGAUUCAUUUUACUUCAUGAUGAGUCGAAUGAGAAUCGUAUAAAGUACUUUUUUCAAGACACAUAUGAAGCCUACAUCAAGUUGGCACUAAAUCCAUUUUUUAAACGUGAAAAGCCAAUAACCUCAUCCAGCUUCUCAAAGCGAGUCCAACGGAUUGCAAAUAAACAUUUUGGUUGAUAUGAUUGAUAAUUUUUCAGUUCAUUCUAAGUACAUUUUCUGCUGACGAUUCUAAGUGCCGAUGUCAAUAUAAAUCAAAUUCGACUUCAAAGAUUUGUUAAUCCUUUAUUAUUUCAGUCCAGUUGUGUCCACUCGGUCCUAUUAUACUUUGAUUAUUUCAUACCACUGUGUUUGCUAGGUAAUCCAAACAUUUAAAUAUACACUCACAAUCCCUUAUAUUCUAGUUCUUGUUUAUUUCAUUUGUCUUCAGUCAUCGAGUAUGAAGAUAACGAAAUUAACAGUUGUUUGUUCUAAUCUUUGGACAGAUAAAUAGAAGCAAUUUCUUGCGUCAUUUUGUAUGCAUAUGUUUUCUCUUUUACCAAUUAUUCACUGGUAACCUUGAUUGAUUUUACAUGAGUAUAUAUGUGCGUAUUUUCUCUUAUCACUCACUCUGUUCGUUGCAUGUCUUUAUUUUGCUUUUUCUGUUUGACUAUAAAUGUUGAGUCAUGUUUGAUGUAACCCAGUCGGUUAUUCCUGCUACUUUACUCAACAUGCAUUUCUCUUCAUCUCUUGACGUUCACUCACAUUAUUAAAUGUCUGAAAUAUAUGUUCCUCAAAUA